UUUUGUUUUUGACAAGGAGAAGAAGAAUUCUGACGCCUAUCUUCACCGUAGCUUCCGUAGGGCCAUUAUACCGCGUUUUAUUAGUCACUGGCUUAGCAUUUUUAAUCUUCUUGACUAUAAUGUGAUAUUUUUCAUAAGACCUUCAUUACAUUAAGUGCAACGGCAUUCGUACAUUUCAUGUCAGCUUGGUGAACUAGCUGAAAAGCAGCAGCUUCAGAGUCAUGGAGGAGGAGACACCAGAGGAGCUGCUGAUUAAGCGGCACCGUAAAGAGAAGAAAGACCUACAGGCAAAGAUCCAGGGUAUGAAAAACUCCGUCCCUAAAAAUGACAAGAAGAGGAGGAAACAGCUGACGGAGGAAAUAGCAAAGCUAGAGUCGGAUCUCAGUCAGAAGCAUGAGGAGGAACUCAAGCAGAUGAAGUCUGACGCUGAAACAAAGGUGGAGGAAGUGGUGAACGGUGUGGAGGCCAUAAAGCUGGAAGGCGGAGAACAAGAAGAGGCAAAACAGCCACGAGUCACUAAAGCACAGAAGAGAAGGGACAAGAAGGCUGCACAGGAGAAGGAGAGAGAGAGCAGGAUAGCAGAGGCGGAGGUGCAGAACCUGCAGGGCGUGAGGCACCAGGAGGGUUUAAAGCUAGCUGAGAAACUUGCCAAGCGACGGCUUCAGAUAAAGGAGAUUUCAUCUGACGGACACUGCAUGUACCGUGCCGUUGAAGAUCAGCUAGCACAGCGAUUAAAGCCUGGGAUAAAGAUGAGUGUGAAGGAGCUCCGAUCCCGCACUGCUGAGCACAUGAGGAACCAUGCCGACGACUUUCUGCCUUUCCUCACUAACCCCAACACUGGGGACAUGUUCACAACAGACGAGUUUGAGAAAUACUGCAGCGAUGUGGAGCACACAGCAGCUUGGGGCGGCCAGCUGGAACUCCGAGCUUUGACUCAGGUGCUAAAUCUGCCAAUAGAAGUGAUCCAGGCCGACUCCCCGUCAAUCAGGAUUGGAGAGGAAUACGAUGGCGAAGUCAUCACUCUUGUAUAUAUGCGUCAUGCCUACGGUCUAGGAGAGCACUACAACAGUGUGGAGCGGUUGAAGGAUUCGACCGGUGCUGAAGACAACUGAGAGUCCCGCAUCUGUGACAGAAAUAAAUGUCUUUAUUUAACAGAGAACGAAACAAACGCUGCAUGAACUGAAGUCUGUUUUAUUACAUGUGUAUAUAUAGAGGUUGAGCGUCACCUCUGAGACAGUUAUGAAAACAGACGGCUGCGUUUUUUUUUCCCUGGAUGGAGAUUAUUUUCUUUCAGAGUUUAAAUGGAAGAGAAAGGGUCAAAAUAUCAAAAUCCAUUAUUUCAGUGAUACGGUACUGAAUCAUUUGUCCUCUUAUAUUAAACACUUUUGAGCCUCAUUGAUUAUCUGUAUGUUUCCUUGCUUUUAUUACAAGCAUUUUUUUGUUUAUACAAAUAUAGGUGGGGAAAGCGUGAGCAGCCUCUGCAGUACUACUUUAUCCAGUCUCAACCAAGUCUGCUAAUAAUCAUAGUUAUGAUUUGUCAAUAGCUGGCAUUUGUGAAAUUUUUUUUUGUAAGUCAUAUUGCAACACUUGCAUUUCACAGAAAUUUGGUUCAUUAACAUUCCUGGCAUAAGCAGGCCAAUACUCCCAAGUAAAUCCCAUUAAUAUGUGUAUGAUUCAGAGGAAUCAAACGUUUCCUCUGCCUCACAGAGCUUUUAUAAAAGCACAAAGGGGGACAAGAAGAUGUACAACAAAUAAAUAUACCUGAUUAUAAUC